AGAAUCACACAUAAUCUUUCACCAUAAUGAGUUUUCAAAUAUUUUUGCUAUUUCUCAUAGUUCUUUUCGUAACCUUCAUCUCCCAUGCCUCGUGUUUUCCAGAUCAAGCUGGGUACUAUAGUUUUACGAAAGAUGCAAAACUCGCACCAAUGUUCGCUCGCUUUGACUACAUAAUCAUCGGAGGAGGAACCUCCGGUUGCGCGCUAGCCGCAACGCUCUCUCAAAACGCUAGCGUUUUGGUUCUUGAGCGCGGCGGCUCGCCAUACGAAAACCCGGCGGCGACGGAUAUAGGAAACUUCGCCACAACACUCUCAAACACAUCACCCAAGUCAUGGUCGCAGCUUUUCAUCUCCGAAGACGGCGUUUACAACACACGCGCGCGUGUUCUAGGAGGAGGCUCGGUGCUAAACGCUGGAUUCUACACACGUGCCGGGGAUGACUACGUGAAGGAGGCUGAGUGGGAGGGGGGUGAAGUGGAAGCUGCUUACGAGUGGGUCGAGGAGAAAGUAACGUUUCAACCGCCGGUGAUGGGAUGGCAAACGGCGUUGAAAGAUGGGCUUUUGGAGGCUGGAGAGUUUCCGUACAAUGGUUUCACGUACGAUCAUAUCAAUGGGACCAAGAUCGGCGGUACGAUAUUUGAUCAAGCCGGUCAUAGACAUACUGCUGCUAAUUUGUUGGAGUAUGCUAAUCCGGACACGCUUGCUGUCUAUUUGCAUGCUACAGUUCACAAGAUCCUCUUCACAACCAAAGGAAGGCCAAGGCCAAAAGCAUACGGAGUUAUAUUUCAAGACGCAAAUGGAGUGUUACACAAGGCAGAGCUGGCGAAAACCGCAAUGAACGAGGUGAUUUUGUCAGCGGGUGCCAUCGGCAGCCCACAGCUGCUGAUGCUGAGCGGCGUGGGUCCUAUGGCUCAUCUUGCAUCCCAUGGGAUUAAACCGAUGGUCUUAGAUCAUCCAAUGGUCGGACAGGGGAUGGGAGAUAAUCCGAUGAAUGCCAUCUUUAUUCCUUCUCCUACCCCCGUGGAGGUUUCUCUAAUACAAGUAGUUGGGAUCACAAAAUAUGAUAAUUACAUCGAAGGAGCAAGUGGCGUAAUCUUCUCUUAUAGUUGGACUCGUAAUUACUUCGAUGGUAUUUUGAAUUAUCUCAACGAGAUGCAGGCAAGCCGUACUAAUACAUCUACAACACUCUCGACUCAAUCCAUCACAGAUUUUUUCAAAUCUGUACAUCCGUUAUUGAGUGCAACAACAAAAGCCGGGUUGAUCCUCCAGAAAGUGGCUGGACCGGUCUCGAGAGGUCACUUGGAGCUUAGGAACACAAACCCAAAUGAUAAUCCUUCAGUGAGAUUUAACUACUACCAAGAGCCAGAGGAUCUAAGGAAAUGUGUUGAAGGGAUUACUACAAUUAUUAAAGUGGUUAACUCCAAUGCAUUUUCAAAAUUCAAGUACCCCGACGCGACUAUACAUGGCUUGCUCAAUCUAAUACUAAGCAUUCCCACUAAUCUAAGACCGAGACACGUAACCUCGGCGUUUGAUUUAAGACAGUUUUGCAUAGACACUGUGAUGACUAUUUGGCAUUACCAUGGAGGUUGCCAAGUUGGAAGAGUGGUAGACAAGAAUUACAAAGUGUUAGGUAUUGAUGGUUUAAGGGUUAUAGAUGGAUCAACAUUUCUCAAGUCUCCGGGGACUAACCCUCAAGCUACGGUUAUGAUGCUUGGAAGGUAUAUGGGACAAAAGAUUCUUCGAGAGAGGGAAGCUUUCCACAAAAAGGAUGAAGAAGCAUGAGCUAUUACUUUCAAAUAGUUAUUGUGCGUAGAAUAUGCUUUGAUUACAAACUUGCCUAUUACACUUUCAAAAGGAGGUUUGGAAAGUGAAGCAUCUGCUAUAUGUAAAGGAGGAUAAUCCUUUGAGCAUAUUCGGUUGCUCUAAUAGUUUUUUGGUUAUAUAAACUGCGUAGAAGUUGUUACCACAAAAUCUCAGGAGAAAAUUGUUAGAUGAAAGAAGUGAGUAAAAGGGAAAUUCAACUUUGGCAAAGAAACUAUAAUCAGUGAUACAACAUGUUGCUCACAAGUUUGAAGUUUAGUCUUUGCCAAAGGAGAGUUGCCCUUUACUGUUCUAUCUUUUGAAUGUGUUCAGCGUAAUUUGCAAAACAUAUUCCCUUA